GGAUGGACCUUUCAGCCAACCAGGACGAGGAGGGUGACCAGGAGACCUACCAGCUGGAGAUCAACAAGGACACCAAGAAAUGCGCCUUCCGCACCUACACCGGGAAGUACUGGACCCUCACCUCCAACGGGGGCAUCCAGUCCACAGCCUCCACCAAGAACGCGAGUUGCUACUUCGACAUCGAGUGGUGCGACAAGCGCAUCACCCUGAAAGCUGCCAACGGCAAAUACGUGACGGCAAAGAAGAACGGGCAGCUGGCAGCCUCCAUGGAGACAGCAGGAGAGACGGAGCAUUUCGUGAUGAAGCUGAUCAACAGGCCCAUCAUCGUGCUGCGCGGCGAGCACGGCUUCAUCGGCUGCCGCAAGGUCACCGGCACGCUGGACUCCAACCGCUCCUCCUACGACGUCUUCCAGCUGGAGUUCAACGAUGGUGCCUACAACAUCAAGGAUACCACUGGCAAGUACUGGAUGGUGGGGAACGAGUCGUCCGUCACCAGCAGCAGCGACACCCCCGUGGACUUCUUUUUUGAGUUCUGCGACUAUAACAAAGUGGCCAUCAAAAUCAAUGGCAAAUACCUGAAGGGCGACCACGCCGGGGUGCUCAAGGCAUCGGCCGACACCAUCGACGCCUCCACCCUCUGGGAGUAUUAAUGCACUUUAGGGUACCUCCUGUUGCCAACUUCUCUUUCCCUUCCUGUCCUCUUUUCCUUUGGGUUCUGUUUCUCCUCUCUGUAACAGGAUUUUCAGACUGGCUUGCCCUUCCCUCCUGCCAUAGAGUUGGUGCAUUAUGUGGGAGGUGGGUCUCCCUAAAUCCCUGUAAGAACUGGAAAAGUGGUGGGGCUGCCUGCCUAUAGCUUUGUAGAGGGGUCUGUCUCUAUCCUCCCUUCCCUGCCUCCCUCCAGGUUUGCUGGGCUUGGAAAUGGCCGUAUCCCCCUCCUGGCCCUGAGCAUCACCUUAGGUAGUUGAUUUUCCUCUCCUCGAUUAAAAAAAGGGAAUAAGAUCACCUCUGUGCUCACUUCUGCCAUAUCAGCACUGGCACAGCCUCAGGCUGUGCUGCCUGUGCCCCCUGGAGCCUCCAUCCUGUCCUGCCCUGCUCCAGUGGAGGUGGAGCGAUGGUGCUGGGCUCAGCUGGCUCAGCUGGCUGGUCCCAGCAGCUUCUCUCCCCUCCUGGACUGUGGGGCAGGUUCAUCCCCAGCUGAGCUGUAAGAGGUGACCUUACAUAUCACAGCAUCCCUGGGCAUGGGGCUGGCACGUGCCAGCACAUCCCUGUGGAAGGGCCAGCAAGCUGCCCCUCCCCAAACACCUGGAAAUGAUUCUUUAGGGCGAUCCUGUCUGGAAAGCCUCAGCCUUUCAUCUCAUGGAGCCCCGUGCUCCCGUCCCUCCACCCCUCCUUGUGCUCCUGGCUCUGGAGGAGCAUCCCAGACCCUGAUGGUGGGUCCAGCCUGCCCCGAGGCUGGUCCUGCUGCUGUGCCUGGAGGGGAGGGCGUGGGGGACACAGAGCCAGCCCGUGCCAGGGCGGGGGCUUCAUCCAGCCCAUCCCCAGUGGGCUUUGGUCCCAGCAGGAGCCGGGCUGGCCAACAUCAUCUCCCCGGGGCAGUGGCUGGAAGCAUAAACUGCAGAUUUUGGUUUACAGAAUAGAAAAGUUCCUUAGCAAACUUUGCACAGUGAUAUUUGCUCAGUACCUUCGAUGUUGUUUUUUUCUCUCUCAUAAAAUACUGGAACAGUGAAGCGAAUCACUGAACACCUAAUGCUGAAUUAGGAAGCGCCCGCUCCCGCGGGCACCCCGAGGGGGCAGCUCUUGGUCCCACCACCCCCAGGGCACCUGGGCUGGGCUCUCAUGAAUUGCAACCCUACUGGAAAAGGAAAAAA